AGAGCUCCCUCGUCCAGCUCGGCAUCCACUGCUCGGCCAGACCAAGCCGCAUCUCGCACGCUCUCGACGCCUGCACCUCUUCCUCCUCGACUCGGCGGUGUCGCCGUCGCAUGCAACCCCACGGCCCGCCCUACUACGACCCUCGUGACCCUCAAGGCCAGCUCCCUCCUCUCCCACCUCUCCGCUACUCGACCGCCUUCUCGACCUACGCCGGACAAGCCCCGUCUUGGACGCCUCAAGCCGUCGCUCCUCCUCCGCCAGCACCUUUCCUCCGCCUCGCCAACCCGUACGCGCCCGCCUUCCCGCCCCACUACCACUCGGGCUACACCGCCCCGUCGUACGCCGACCAGCACGGUAACCGCCUCGCGCCGCCGACAACCCCCCUCGGCCGCCCCCACCAGCACCAGCAGCCCUCGUCGGCCGUUUCUCGCUCGCCUCAGCUCCCCUCGCUGUACCCGUCGCGCUCGAGCUCGGCGACGUCCACCGCAUCGCAAGGUCGCACCACCUCGUCCGACUCGUCCCAGCACCGCGACCGAGACGACUUCUCGCGCGCCGACUCGCCUCUCACCGACCUCCAGUUGAGCGCUCUACGCUACUGGGCCCACAAGAUCAACCCGAUGUCUGCCACCGACCACGCACACCGCGCCCAGGCCGAGGCCGACCUCGCCCACAUGACGGUCGACAAGCUCAAGCUCGCGAUCCGCAACACGAACCAGCACCUGUCGUUGCACAUGCGCGUCUCGGGCAAGAAGAACGACCUCUACAGCGCCCUCGCCAACCAGCUCGCGUUCGAGUUCGGCAAGCCGGACAAGACGCGCUUCCAGACGAUGCGGGCCGCCAUUUCGGCAGCAAAGGUCGGCUCGACCAACCUCGCUCCUGUCGGCGGCUACUACAACGCCAACGCCGGCUACGGCAACUACGGCGCGUCGACCUCGACCGCGGCCGCCGUCAACGCGUACGGCGCGCCCGCUUACGGCGCGGCGGCUCACGGCGGCGGAUACGGCGCGCCGGCCCCAGGUGCGGCAGGUGCUGCUGCUGCGGCACGCGCAAGUGCGUCAACCUCGGCGGCGGCGGCGAGCAACAACCUGCCCACGCCUCGCUUCGGCGGUGCCGGCGCGUACGGCACGGGUGCGGCGGCGGCGGCGGCGGCGACGGCCGUCAACGGCUACGGGCGCGUUGCCGACGACGUCCCGAUCCGGUUCCGCCCGUCGCCGUUCUUCCGCAUCGACAAGUUCGUGUCGCCGGUCGUGUCGAUGCCCAAGGCGGCGCCGGGCGACCGCAAGACGGCCGUGUGCCCGAUCACGCUCACCGAGGCGCAGCGCACGCUCCUCGUCAAGAGCAACGAGUCGCCGAGCAACCCGCAGUACCAGGUCCGCCUGUACUGCACGAGCGACACAAACUACAACCAGAUGCGCUCGCACGUCAACCAGUUCCCGGCGCCGGUCGAGUACCCGGGCGUGUGCGAGAUCAAGAUCAACGGCGUCACGAUCGCCGCCAACACCAAGGGCAUCAAGAAGCAGCCGGGCACGGCGCCGCCGGUCCACCUGAGCCCGGCAAAGGGCACGACCAUCGCGCUCACGCCGGGCGCGCCCAACCGCGCCGAGGUCCACUACAUCAACACGGAAAAGGUGUACUACCUCAUCGCGUACCUCGUCGAGUACACGCCCGUCGACAAGGUCGUCAACCGCGUCAAGGCGGGCAAGACCAAGUCCAAGGAGGAGGUCAUCCAGAGCAUCAUCGCCAUCAACUCUGACGAGGACGUCGACGCGAGCGCACUCGGCGUGUCGCUGCGUGAUCCGCUCGCCUACACGCGCAUCGAGAUCCCGAUCCGCUCGGCGCACUGCGAGCACAUCGCAUGCUUCGACGCAACGACCUGGUUCGAGGUCAACGAGCAGACGCCCCAGUGGCAGUGCCCGAUCUGCUCCAAGACGCUCAAGGUCGAGGACAUUGUCGUCGAUGGCUACUUCGAGGACAUCCUCAAGGUGUGCUCGUCGGCCGUCGACGCCGUCACGGUCGAGCCGGACGGCACCUGGCGCUCGGACAACGACAAGCUCGGCACGGCCAAGCCGCGCUCGUCGCUCGUGUCGGCCACCGCGUCGGGCCGCAACACGCCCGUCGGGAACGGUGUCGGCGACGGGCGCGGGACGCCCGGGAGCGGCGGCGCAGGCGGCGCAGGCGGUGCGGGCGGGUCGGCGAGCGACAAGGGCAAGCAGCGCGCCGACGGCGAGCUCGUGCUCCUCUCGGACGACGAGUCGGACGACAGCGACGCGCCGCUCGCCAAGCGCAGGAGGGUCGACUGGGGCGGGGCCGGCGGCGCAGGAGGGCAGGGGAGCGUCGGGACGGGCGGGAGCAGCACGCCGCUCGGCGGUGGUGGCGGCGCGAGGCGGCGCGAGGUCGUCGACCUGACGCUCAGCUCGGACGACGAGGACGAGCGUCCUGCAGCGGCGAGGCCGACCUCGACGGCGACGGCGGCGUCGGCGACACCGGGCGCCGCACCUCCUCUUCCGCCGCCGCCGCCGAUGCAGCGCCAGUCGUCGGACCGCAAGACGGCCGCCGAGGUCGACCGCGACAUCCAGGCCAUGCACGAUCGCAUGGAGCGGGACUACGGGCCGGACUGGAAGGAGCAGCUUGGGUGGUGAGCGAGUGCG